GAGUGGAACAAAAAUGAUGACCGGCUGCUGCAGGCUGUGGAGAAUGGAGACACAGAGAAGGUGGCCUCACUGCUGGGCAAGAAAGGGGCCAGUGCCACCAAGCAGGAUAGCGAGGGCAAGACUGCGUUUCAUCUUGCUGCUGCAAAGGGACACGUGGAAUGCCUCAGGGUCAUGGUUACACAUGGUGUCGAUGUGACAGCCCAAGAUACUGCCGGACACAGCGCUUUGCACCUCGCAGCCAAGAACAGUCAUCAUGAAUGCGUCAGGAAGCUCCUUCAGUCUAAAUGCCCAGCUGAGAGUAUUGAUGGCUCUGGAAAAACAGCUUUACAUUAUGCAGCUGCACAGGGCUGCCUUCAGGCUGUGCAAAUUCUCUGUGAGCACAAAAGCCCCGCAAACACGAAGGAUUUGGAUGGGAAUAUACCACUGAUUCUCGCAGUACAAAAUGGCCACAGUGAGGUCUGCCGCUUCCUUCUGGAUCAUGGAGCAGAUGUCAAUUCCAGGGACAAAAAUGGAAGAACGGCUCUCAUGCUGGCCUGUGAAAUUGGCAGCUCUAACAUCAUGGAAGCCUUAAUUAAAAAGGGUGCAGAUUUAAACCUUGUAGAUUCUCUUGGACACAAUGCCUUAUAUUAUUCCAAACUCUCAGAAAAUGCAGGAAUUCAAAGCCUUCUAUUAUCAAAAAUCUCUCAGGAUGCUGAUUUAAAGACACCAGCAAAACCAAAGCAGCAUGAUCAAGUCUCUAAAAUAAGCUCAGAAAGAAGUGGAACUCCAAAAAAACGCAAAGCUCCACCACCUCCUAUCAGUCCUACCCAGUUGAGUGAUGUGUCUUCCCCAAGAUCAAUAACUUCAACACCACUUUCUGGAAAGGACUCAGUAUUUUUUACAGAACCACCCUUCAAGGCUGAGAUCAGUUCAAUCCGGGAAAAUAAAGACAGACUAAGUGACAGUACCACAGGUGCUGAUAGCUUAUUGGAUAUAAGUUCUGAAGCCGACCAACAAGAUCUUCUUGUCCUAUUACAAGCAAAAGUUGCUUCCCUUACAUUACACAAUAAGGAGCUACAAGAUAAGUUGCAGGCCAAAACACCCAAGGAGGCAGACACCGACCUGAGUCUUGACUCUUACCAUUCCACCCAAACUGACUUGGCGGCCCUAUCCCCAGGCAAACUGAGUGAAACCUCUCCUCCAGACUGCAAAUCAUCCCCAUCUAUUUUAAUACAAUCCUUGAGUAAAUCCACUACCAACAGUGAUGGAAGAAUUCAGCAACUACAAGAGAUUUUGCAGGACUUGGAGAAGAGACUGGAGAUCUGUGAAGCAGAGAAAAAACAACUACAGAUCGAACUCCAGUCCAGAGGAACAGAGCUGGUGGGCUUCAACAAUGCAGAGAUUUCUGAGAACAGCUCCGACCUCAGCCAGAAACUUAAAGAAACACAGAGCAAGUAUGAGGAGGCCAUGAAAGAGGUCCUUAGUGUGCAGAAGCAGAUGACACUGGGCCUUGUCUCACCAGAGGGCAUGGAUAGUUAUUCCCAUCUCCAUGAACUGAGGAUCACCGAGGAGGAAAUGGACGUGCUAAAGCAGGAUCUCCAGAAAGCAUUGGAAGAAAGUGCAAGAUAUAAAGAAAAAGUGAGGGAAUUAGAGGGGAAACUGGAAGAGAGGGAGAAAGUUGUGUUGAUCAAGCCACCUGCAGAAGAGUAUGAGGAGAUGAAAAGUUCGUAUUGUUCUGUAAUUGAGAAUAUGAAUAAAGAGAAAUCAUUUUUGUUUGGAAAAUACCAAGAGGCCCAAGAAGAGAUCAUGAAAUUAAAAGACACAUUGAAAAGUCAGAUGGCACAGGAAGCCAGUGAGGAAGCUGGGGACAUGAAAGAAGCCAUGAACAGGAUGAUUGAUGAACUCAAUAAACAGGUGAGUGAGCUGUCACAGUUGUACAAAGAAGCCCAGGCCGAGCUGGAGGACUAUAGGAAGAGGAAAUCUCUAGAAGACAUCACGGCCGACUAUAUCCAUAAAGCAGAGCACGAGAAGCUGCUGCAAGUGACCACCUUAUCCAGGGCUAAAGCAGAAGAGGCGCUGUCCGAAAUGAAGUCUCAGUAUUCAAGAGUAUUAAAUGAGUUGACCCAGCUCAAACAGCUAGUGGAUGCCCAAAAAGAGAACUCGGUUUCCAUCACAGAACAUCUGCAAGUGAUAACCACGCUGCGGACUACUGCGAAAGAGAUGGAGGAAAAAGUCAGCAGUCUUAAGGAGCACCUUGCAAACAAAGAGGUGGAAGUGGCCAAGCUGGAGAAACAGCUCUUAGAAGAGAAAGCGGCAAUGACUGAUGCGAUGGUCCCCAAGUCGUCCUAUGAAAAGCUCCGGUCAUCUCUAGAGAGUGAAGUGAGCGUGUUGGCAUCGAAACUAAAGGAUUCGGUCAAAGAGAAAGAGAAGGUUCAUUCAGAGGUUGCCCAGAUUAGAAGUGAAGUCUCGCAAAUAAAAAGGGAAAAGGAAAAUAUUCAGACGCUCUUGAAAUCCAAAGAGCAAGAAGUGAAUGGACUUCUGCACAAAUUCCAGCAGUCUCAGGAAGAACUUGCAGAGAUGAAGAGAUCAUCUGAGAGCUCUUCGAAACUGGAGGAGGAUAAAGACAAGAAGAUAAAUGAGAUGGCAAAGGAAGUCAGCAAAUUGAAGGAGGCCCUGAACAGCCUCUCGCAGCUCUCCUACUCCACGAGCUCCUCCAAGAGGCAAAGUCAGCAGCUGGAAUCCCUGCAGCAGCAGGUCAAGCAGCUCCAGAACCAGCUGGCCGAAUGCAAGAAACAACACCAGGAGGUGAUAUCAGUUUACAGAAUGCAUCUUCUUUAUGCUGUGCAGGGCCAAAUGGAUGAAGAUGUUCAGAAAGUACUGAAGCAGAUUCUUACCAUGUGUAAAAACCAGUCACAGAAGAAGUAAAGUGGAUUCCUAGAAAGGAC